UCUAAUAAUAUCUCUCUCUCUCUCUCUCUCUCUCUCUCUCCCCCAAACAUUUAAGAAAAUAGAAUUAAAGCCUUGAAAAUGGAACAAAAUAAUCUACCGGUAAUGGCCAAGAAAAUAUGGAGCUUAGUACGUGUAGCUUUCUUCAUGUUAAGAAAGGGCAUUUCAAAGCGAAAGCUCCUCCUCGACCUCAACAUGAUGAUGAAGCGUGGCAAGCUCGCCAGCAAAGCCCUAAGCAACCUCAUGUUCCACCACCACCACAGCCAAAGCCACUCCCACCACUGCAGCGCCGCCUCCUCCGCCGCCCCUCGGGAGUACGAGUUCAGCUGCAGCAACACCCCCAACUACACCUUCCACCUCAUGGGCAAGCGCCGCCACCAGAGCCACCACCACAACUUCUUCGCGUGUGCUCACGCGCCGCCCACUCAGGAUGACGAGGUGGCCGCCGCUGGCGCCGUGAAGGCGGUGCUGGAUUUGUUGAAUAACGAAGUGAUGGCUACGGAGGCGGCGGCUUCGGUGGCAGCAUCACCGCUUCCCGGGUUCGGGAAGAGCCCCAUGGUCCGCCAGCUGAGGAUAACGGACUCUCCGUUUCCGUUGAGGGAGGCGGACGAGGACAGCCGCGUGGACAAAGCAGCGGAGGAGUUUAUAGAGAAGUUCUACAAGAAUUUGUGGCAGCAGAAUAGAAUGCAGGACUGAUCAGUUUGGGGUCAUGCAUAUAAUUAUCCGUUGAAGAUAUUUAUGUGAUGCGCCGCGCAGUUUAUGUUUAAUUUGAGUCAUUUGAGUCCGCCUCGCCUAUAUCGUUGUUGUUGUUGUUGGGUGAUUGAUAAACAAUAAAAUUAAGAGAAUUAGCUUAGCUUAAUUAAUUUGUGU